AUGGGAAAGAAUCAUAGGCUUCUUGAAGAUGCUCGUGUUCAUCUUUUCGCUUAUCUACAAUUCUAUUUGGGCAGGUCGACCCUGUGUCUCGAUUAUCUGUCUCUUGAUGAAGGUAUUGAAAAGGUUGUGGAAUUUAUGGAUGCAUACUUCAUUAGUCAGGAGAAUUUUGAUUCACUGAUGCUCAUGUCCAAGUUUCAGGUGUUUUGCUUUAUAACAACAGGAGCAUGUGAUAUCUGUGGAAGCAUACGCUAG